UUUCUCUUUUCCUUCUACUCUCGCAAUUAAAAGCAUCAGACAUCUGAAGAACCUACUCGCUCUUCUGUCCCACAAGGCUCACCCAUGGCUCUCUUCCUCUCCUCUCUCCUCCUCCUCCUCUUCCUCUUCUCUCCUUCCUCUGCUUCUCCCACCAAUUCCCCGAGUUUAUCUCUAAGGAAGCAAGCUUCAAUCUUGGUUUCCCUCAAGCAGUCUUUAUACACCUCAGACUACUUGCUCCAGAGCUGGAACAUGUCAAGCCAUGCAGCCGUUUGCUCAUGGGUUGGUGUCCGAUGCGACGACACCAAGCGUUUAGUAGUCGAGCUUAAUAUAUCCAACUCGAACAUCUCUGGUUUCAUCUCCCCAGCAAUAGCUGAGCUCCAUAGUCUUAGAUACAUUUCAGUAGCCGGAAACAGUCUCUCCGGUGAGUUCCCACCUAUCGUCACUAAGCUCUCGGGCCUUCGACAUCUCAACAUCUCCGACAAUCAGUUUAAUGGUACCUUGGCUUGGAACUUCUCUACAAUGGUGGAGCUCCAAGUGUUUGAUGCUUACAACAAUGACUUCUUUGGGUCCCUACCUCUUGGCCUUUCUAUGCUACCCAAGCUUCAACACCUGGACCUCGGCGGGAAUUAUUUCUCAGGAGCCAUCCCAGCGAGCUAUGGCGAUUUCAAGGCCCUGAGCUAUCUCUCGCUCGCUGGAAAUAAUCUGAGUGGGUUCAUACCUGCCGAGCUCGGCAAACUCGGUGGUCUAAAGCAGCUCUACUUGGGCUACUACAACGAGUUUGAUGGCGGGAUCCCGGCCGAGCUCGGGAUUUUGGCAAAUCUAGUCCAUCUUGACCUAUCAAGCUGCGGCUUGGAGGGCCAGAUCCCACCUCAGUUGGGAAAUCUCGAGAAUCUGGACACUCUCUUCCUUCAUGCUAAUCAGCUCAUUGGCAUCAUUCCUCCCCACAUAGGCAACUUGAGCAGUUUGAGAUAUCUCGACAUCUCGAACAAUGCUCUCACCGGCGAGAUCCCGAAAGAGUUUUCCAAGCUCCAGGAGCUCGUCUUGCUGCAUAUGUUCUAUAACCGGUUUCAUGGUGAGAUUCCAGAGUUCAUUGCUGAGCUGCCAAAUUUGGAGACCUUAAUGCUCUGGCAGAACAACUUCACCGGGGCGAUCCCACCUGAGCUCGGGCGGAAUGGCAAGCUCCGAGAGCUUGAUCUGUCGACCAACAAGCUCACUGGAUUAGUCCCAAAAGCUCUCUGCUUUGGUAGGAGGCUGGAGAUACUAAUCCUGCUCAACAACUUCCUCUUCGGUCCCUUGCCAGAUGAUCUCGGAGCAUGCUCAACACUCUCAAGGGUUCGAAUGGGUCAGAACUACUUGAGUGGUUCUAUUCCCCGGGGAUUUCUCUACUUACCGGAGCUGUUGCUGAUGGAAUUGCAGAAUAAUUAUCUUACUGGAGUGAUAACAGAGGAGCCAACAAAGAAGCCUGGGAAACUAGGCCAGCUCAACCUCUCAAACAAUAGGUUGUUUGGGCCUCUGCCAUCAUCGAUCGGAAACUUCUCCGCAUUGCAGAUUCUUCUCCUCGACGGUAACCAGUUCACCGGGCCGAUACCGCCUCAGAUGGGCCUACUGAAGCACAUGCUGAAGAUAGAUAUGAGCGGGAACAACUUCUCUGGUAGAAUUCCCCCAGAGAUAGGUGAUUGCCUCCUGCUCACAUACUUGGAUUUGAGCCAGAACCAGCUCACCGGACCGAUCCCAGCUCAAGUCUCUCAAAUUAGAAUACUGAAUUACCUCAAUGUCUCAUGGAACCACUUGAACCAGAGCAUCCCAAACGAGAUUGGAAGCAUGAAGAGUCUAACUUCAGCCGACUUCUCGCACAAUGAUUUCUCCGGUAGAAUACCGGAGACCGGGCAGUUUGCUUAUUUCAAUGCCUCAUCUUUUCUUGCGAAUCCUCAACUCUGUGGAUCUGUUUCAAAUCCAUGCAACUUCUCAUCGAUGUCGCAGUUCCAACCAGACCAACAACAUGGUGUCAAAUCCCAACUCUCGGGAAAAUUUAAGCUCCUCUUUGCACUUGGCCUCUUAACCUGCUCUAUUGUUUUUGCCACAACAGUUGUCAUCAAGACCCGGUCGAUGAUGAGAAGGAACUCGAAGUCAUGGAAGCUCACAGCAUUCCAAAAGCUAGAAUUUGGGAGCGAAGACAUCGUAGAAUGCCUCAAAGAGAACAGCAUUAUAGGAAGAGGAGGAGCUGGAAUUGUCUACAGAGGAACCAUGCCGAAUGGGGAGCAGGUUGCGGUGAAGCGGUUGCUGGGUAUAAGCAAAGGCUCUUCACAUGAUAAUGGAUUCUCUGCAGAGAUACAGACUUUGGGUAAGAUAAGACAUCGGUAUAUUGUGCGGUUGCUCGCAUUCUGUACUAAUAAGGAGACUAAUUUGCUCGUCUACGAGUACAUGUCGAAUGGAAGCCUGGGAGAAAUACUUCAUGGGAAGAGAGGAGGUUAUCUCAACUGGCAAAGUAGGCUUAGGAUUGCAACUGAGGCAGCGAAGGGAUUAUGCUACCUGCACCAUGAUUGCUGUCCUCCCAUACUCCACAGGGAUGUCAAAUCCAAUAACAUCUUAUUGGAUGAAGACUUUGAAGCUCAUGUUGCAGACUUUGGCCUGGCCAAAUAUCUGAGGGACACCGGAGUCUCCGAAUGCAUGUCAGCCGUUGCAGGUUCUUAUGGCUACAUUGCUCCAGAGUAUGCAUACACCCUGAGGGUUGAUGAGAAGAGCGAUGUUUAUAGCUUUGGAGUUGUUCUCUUAGAGCUGAUCACCGGUAGGAGACCAGUGGGGGACUUCGGAGAGGAAGGACUAGACAUUGUCCAGUGGGCAAGGAUGAACACAAAUUGGAGCAAAGAAGGGGUGGUGAAGAUUUUAGACCCGAGGCUGAUCGAUGUUCCAUUGGAAGAAGCCAUGCAGGUGUUCUUCGUGGGGAUGCUCUGCGUCCAAGAGCACAGCGUCGAGCGGCCAACCAUGAGAGAGGUUGUUCAGAUGCUUGAACAGACGAAGCAGUCAUACAGUAUCCGGACGCUCUGAGGUCUUCAGCGCCUUAAAAAAGUCACUGCAAUUUAGUUUACAGAGAGCUUUUCCUCUGCUGCAUGGUGGGUGUUAUAAUGAGGAGGAAUCAUCCUCUGGUUGAUGGGGUUGUUCUUUGUCAAAUUAUAUGUACUGGUGCAUGUGAUGGGUGCAGUCUGUGCCCACUUUAUCUCUCUAAUUUUAUAUAAAACUUGUUAGAUGUCCCUAUUAAUUGUUUG